UCUCCUCUUAUGAUGUGAGGAUAAAGCAGUCCUCACAAUCUGUCUCUGCUGUUGGAGUAUUGAUUGGUAUCUCUCUUACGGAGGAACAGAGGAUUUGUGGUUCUUUUGGACGCUUCAUUUCCCUCCUCACUUACCACAUGCGCUCCAACUUCAGUCCCUGUGUUUGAACCCAGGGUGGAAACAAGUGUGCUGACCUCCACCUCUGACAUUUCCUGUGGCGUUAGCAAGAGUAGGACCCUCCACACGGCUCGGCUGUCUGUCAGAGCCCUGUGUUGCUCCAGCUGAAGGGACUCCCCCAUGUCCCCAGGAGUGGCCUCGGGUGUCUGAGACUGCUGUCACUGGAGCAUUCCCUCAGAGCGGAGAGCAGCGAUGACAGGCUGACUCCCAGGAAGUGGACCCGCUAACCUGCCCCUACACACCUCAACUCUGUCCCUGCGUGGCAUUCAGGGCUCUCUCGUGGACCAGGAGGCGACUGCCCCCACUCUUGUGCUCACACUCUUCCCCUCUGUCACUUUCCUUUCAUUUCUUCUGUAGUGACCACAAUGGAACUGUAAUGUAAACCAUGUUUGGACUAAAGCCCCCACUCUACUAUAUGCCAGGCAUGAGCCAUGAGCCAAAGUCACCUUCCCUAGGCAUGAUCUCCACGGCCGGUCGGACCACCGCCACGGUCAGCCCCCUCACCCCUUCGCCCCUCAAUGGCUCCAUCGUGCCCAAUGGCAGCCCGGCCGCCAAUAGCAGCCUGGCCGUCCAGUCUGCCCACUCAGGCUUUGCUGCUGCUCUGCGCAAGCUCGCCAAACAGGCUGAGGAACCCAGAGGGUCGUCCAUAAGCAGCGAGUCUUCUCCUGUCUCAUCCCCAGCCACCAAUCACAGCUCCCCUGUCAGCACGCCGAAGCGAGGGCCAAUGGGUCCCAUCAUUGUGCCACCGGGGGGCCACAGUGUGCCAAGCACCCCGCCUGUGGUCACCAUCGCCCCCACCAAGACUGUCAACGGGCUGUGGAGGAGCGAGGGCCGGCAGGCUGAAUCCGGCCCUCGCGGGGCCAGCCGGGACCGUCUGGGCGCUGAGCCCGCCCUGCCCCAGGAGAAGGGGGCCCCCCCAGUCCCUGCGCACCUCAUUGGUAACCCCUACGCUUUCGGCCUGACCCCCAGCUCCGUGAUGCAGGACUCUCGAUUUCCACCCCUCAACUUGCCUCGACAGAUGCCCCACGUGGUCCCUCCGUCUGGCGUUCCCGAGGAGUACCUCCGCAGCUUCAGGCCCUACGCCACCGCAGAAGACCUGCGCAUGCCCUCCCUGCCCCUGGGCCUGGACCCUGCCACUGCAGCCGCUGCUGCCGCAUACUACCACCCAGGAUACCUGCCCCACCCAUCCUUCUCUGCCUACAGGAUGGACGAUUCAUUCUGCCUGUCUGCACUGAGGUCACCCUUCUACCCCUUGCCCACAGCAGGUGCUCUGCCACCCCUGCACCCCUCUGCUGUUCAUAUGCAUCUGCCAGGGGUGCGCUACCCCGGAGACCUGUCCCACUCCUCUCUGUCCGCACUGCAGUCUGAGCGCCUCUCCGAAAGGCUUCAGAUGGAGGAUGAGCUGCGGGCACGCGAGAGAGAGCGGGAGAGGGAGAGGGAGCGCGAGAGGGAGCGAGAGAAAGAGAGAGAGCGUGAGGCUGAGCGGGAGAAGGAGCGCGAGAGGGAGCGAGAGCGGGAGAGGGAGAGGGAGAAGGAGCUGGAGCGAGAGAGGGAAAGGGAGAGAGAGAAGGAGAGGGAGAGGGAGCGUGAGGCAGAGAGACAGAAGGAGAGAGCCAGGGAGAAGGAGCUGCAGGCCUCAAAGGCCAUGGAGAGCCACUACCUGGCAGAGCUGCAGGCCCUGAGGGGACAAGCCGAGGACAGAGUCAAGCCAGGGGAGAGACUGACACCAAACAGGCCGGGUUUGGACUUCAUUCCAGAUAAAACCAAAGAGGCCACCCUCCCAGCACCCAAGCCAAUCCAGCCAUCCCUCCACCCGACCUUGAACGCCACCCACCAUUCUGUUCCCGGCCUCAUCUCUGCCCACGGAGCAUACCUGGGGCCCGGAGGGGCGGUGCCCGGGGCACUGGCUGCCACCAUGAUGCUGCAGCGCACCAACGAGGAGGAGAGAUGGCUGGCACGGCAGAGGAAGCUCCGCCAGGAGAAGGAGGACCGCCAGUACCAAGUGUCUGAGUUCCGCCAACAGGUCCUGGAGCAGCACUUGGACCUUGGACGCCCCGGAGAAGGGGACCCUCGGACAGAGGGGCACCGGUUGAUCUCGAACCACCAUGAACCAGGCAGCCGAGACAUGCUCCCGCACCUGGGGGCCCCGCCUCCUCUCAUCUCUCCUAAGCCUCAGCACCGAGAACACCCCCCACCCCCGCCCACCACGCUGUGGAACCCUGCCUCUCUCAUUGAGACAAGCUCUGAUUCCCGCCGUAGCCAUGAGCCAGCGGCCCCCAGCCACUAUGACCCAAGCAGGUCGGGCCUGGCCCUGAGCAAGCCAGAGCGACACUUCAUCCCAGACAAGCCAGAGGACGGAAGCAAGAGGAAGGAGGUCCCAGAGAAGUACUCCUCCCUCAGGGGCCCCAGCUUCCUGGAGCCCAGCACCUUCUUGGCAGAGCUGGAGAAAUCCACACAGAGCAUUCUCAGCCAGCAGAGGGCGUCCUUGUCUCUGCCCAGCCAGUACGGAGACCUCAGCAGCACACACAAAGCUAACCCGCCCUACAGGAACCUGCAGGGCCCAGCCCGAGUGGGACCCGAUCCCACCCUGGUGUAUGAUGAGUUUCUGCAGCAGCACCGACGCCUUGUCAGCAAGCUGGACCUGGAGGAGAAGAGGAGGAGAGAGGCAAGGGAAAAAGGCUACUACUAUGAUUUGGAUGACUCAUACGACGAGAGUGAUGAGGAAGAGGUGCGGGCCCACCUGAGGCGCGUAGCGGAGCAGCCCCCCCUCAAGCUGGAUGACUCUGCAGAGAAAGUGGACUUCCUGCGCAUGUUUGGCCUGACCACACGUGCCCACCGAGACGAGCUGCUGCAGCAGAAGAGGAGGAAGAGGAGGAGGAUGCUGAGGGAGCGCAGCCCCUCCCCCCCGGCCGUGCAGAGCAAGCGCCAGACCCCGCCCCCGCCUCCACUCAGCACCCGCUACACGGCAGAGCAGAUGAACAGCGCCCCUGAGCUGGAGGACAAGAAGAAGUUCCUCACCAUGUUCAGCCUGUCCCACGUGGACAUCCAGCAGAGGAGAGACAAUGAGAAAGUGGUGGAGCUGCUACAGGCGAUAAAACAGAAGAGUGUGACUCUGGACUCUAUCAGACAUGCCCCACAGCCACUCUGCAAGAGCCCUUCUGCCCCACUCUCUGCAGAUGCAGCAGCAGGCCCACCGCCAGUCGAAGCAGACAGGCAGCUCAGCAUGAAGCCGCCCAGCCCCUUGCCUCUGGAGUCCCAGAGGCCUAGUGAAUCCAGCAGCCGCGCAGAGCCGGUGAAGCCCCCAGCUGAGGCACAGAGACCAAAGGAUCCCCCUCUGGCACCUUUCCCCGACAAGGCCAGGCUGAGCGAGGGACACCCUGCCAAGAAGAGCCCUAGCCUCCUAAACAGCAUGCGUCCCCCUCUCAACCCCAAAGAGGGUCCCCACAGCCUCAACGGCAAGACCAAGCCCUGGGAGAGCUUCACGGCCGAGGAGUUUGCUCAGCAGUUCCACGAGUCCGUGCUGCAGUCUACCCAGAAGGCACUGCAGAAGCACAAAGGUGGCUCCACAGGGAUGACGGAGCCCAUUCACAAGCUGGACUCCUCAGUGCACUACAACAUUCCCGAGCUGCAGGGACCUGCCAGCAGACUGCCCCAGCCCAAUGGGCAGCACUGCCCCCCACUGGCCAUCCGGGACACCCCAGGCUCCCGGGAUGAGCUGUCAGGCGAGGAGGACUCUGAUGAGGAGGAUGAGGAUGAAGAAGAGGAGGCACCCACUCCCAGGUGGCAAGGAAUUGAGGCUAUCUUUGAGGCUUACCAGGAGUACAUUGAUGAGCAAAGUAUUGAGCGGCAGGUGCUCCACAGCCAGUGCAGGAGGCUGGAGGCUCAUCACUAUAAUCUCAGCCUGACCGCCGAGCAGCUCUCUCACAGCAUGGGGGAGCUGAUGGCCCAGAAACAGAAGCUGGCAUCAGAGAGGGAGAAGCUGCAGGCCGAGCUGGACCACUUCCGAAAGUGCCUCGCGUUGCCCCAGCUGCACUGGUCGCGGGGUUACUUCAAGGGCUACACCCCAAGACGUCUGUGAAGGACUCCCAAAAGAGAAGCCAGGCCCAGACUCCAGCUCUCCACUGCCCACUGUGAAGAAACACCACCCUCUCCAUGCCCAGACUUCCCAGCCAGGCUGUGAUUGGCCGUGCUCCCCACCAAUCACAAGUCUGAGUGCAGACUCAUGUUCUUUCUUUGUUCUGUCUGGUCAUAUCUCUGUGAGUCAGUGUAACAAGUCUAUGUCAUGGAGGUAACUGAAGUGUGCAGCAUGCGUGGUCACUGUAAAAAUAGGACUGGGAAGUGUGAGAUGGCUUGAAGGUUUUAAUUUGUAUUCAGCAAUGUGUAGUAGUUAGCAAUGCAUUUCAUCUCCACUUAACUUCACAGAGUUGGCAUUGGGACGUUAAAGGGAAGCAUUUUGAUAUAUGAAAUUAAUGUUGUAAGGAAUAUAUUAAGAAUGGUAUCCACAAAGGGCUGGCUGGUGGUAUGAUGUCAUAUCCUGUCAGGGGGGAAGGUUAUCUCCCUUAUUUAACACUGAGCCGCUCUGUCAGUGUCCAGGACAGAAGGCCACUGUGACCGUGCCUACCUAGACAAUCCCUCUGGUCCUGGAGGACAGGGUCAGUGAAACACCUAUGAAAGCCCAGCGCUGGCUUUCUGUUCCCCUCCCUCCUGACUAUAGCUGAGAGAGGAGACACAGGAGUAAGAGAUGAGAUGAGAGGGGAAACGGUCUCCCUUCUGACAUACUCAGCUGGCAGCUAUAAGGAGGGCCGAGAAAGGCUAGUCCGUGGGUCUGCUGCCUCAAGGGUAUAGCUUGCAUUUUAAUGUUCUUACCUGACACGAAGAGCUUAUUUAAUACCACCCCCAUACACUCACGCAUACACCCAAAUACAGGGUGCACGUGCCAGCGUGUGUCCCUGUUUCCCUGAUUGUAACUGUCAGCAGGCGUUCCCGCCCUUGCCAUGAGACUGACUAGUGCCAAAAUUACAAACAGGUUGAAUUCAGCCCAGCAAUGUGGUGGUCUGCCACAAUACUAUUUUUUUUUUUCAGUAUGAGCAUACAGGCUGAUAAACAUAAGCACAAUGAGCACAGAUAGUGUGGAACACAAAUGAGAACACAGUUCUAACACGAAUGGAAAUUUAUCCAUUUAAAAUGUUCCCCCAGAUAUUUUUUUAGUUAAGGUUAAAAUUUUGUCUUCACCUGUGAAAGAAAUUCUGGUCAAUUUAAGCUUUACUGCCAACAGUCUUAUAAAUGAAAAGCCAUGCAAUUUGUAGUUUAACCACAAGGGGGCUCCAAUCAAAAACUGUAUAUACAUAUAUGUCUGACAGAGUGGUUCUUAUUUGCCAAGCUUUUCAUUCAAUUUUUAUUCGCUUGUGAAUAAUUUGAUUCACAUAUCAAAUCAGUGUGAAUCAAGAAAUUUAAUUUGUUGGAAUUUUUCCCCUCAAAUUGCUUCUUGGCAAACUAGCAGUAAGUGGUGUGUUCUAGGCAAUAGUUGAUUAAUUUUGAGACUAAUAUUUAUUUAGAAAAUAUAUUUUUUUAUACUUUCAAAACAAAAAUUUCAAGAAUCAAGCAUUGGAAUUUGAUUUAUUAGGAUCAAGUGAUAGAUUUCUAUUUUCAUCCAAAUUGCUCUGGGUGGAGAUAUGGCCAACAAACCUUAAAGCAUGCAAACAAAAUUCCCAAAUGCAGAACAUUUUAAACUCUUCCAUAGGCAGGCCAGACUACAUUGAGUCUAUGUGCCACAUUUACCUGUCGAACAAUUUCCCACCACAUGCUUCCAUGAUUAGGCAACCUGUUCUGUGAAUGUUUAUGACAUGUGCGAUUGCUCUACUCUCGUUGUAGUUCGCUGCCAUUACUACGGUUUCAUUUUGAAAUUACUCGUUACUCAAGUUGUCUGUAAACAGCCAAGUCCUAGCCUGUAAAAACGUCAGCCUUGUGGUUUUUUUUGGGCCCAUAUUGCUGUGCUGUGCAAUGUUUCAAUGUUAAAAUGCAUUCUGCUUUACUAGAACCACUGUGAACACAAAUGUAAAAGAAUGCAAUGUUUUUUACAGUUCUAACUUUCAAAUGGAGUGAUUGGUAUUAAGUGCAGUGGAAGACCAAUUUUUAUUGUACCAGCUGAGCAGAACUGGUCACUCUAGCAUCGCAUACCAUGAGAAACUUCACUGAAGUGCAGAGAAAUUUCAAUUCAAAGUAUGAGGCAGCAUAAUGUUUAGAUGCCCUAACGAUACUUUUGAUGACUGAUUCUGGCAGUUUUUGAAGGUCUUGUUUCAGCAGCCACCCCCCCUGUACCAGCUGAUGUACUAGAGGAAGAAAAGCAACCCCCUCCUAUCCACACAAACACCUGCCCCCUUAUUCAAUGGAGGAUGUUUAGAUGCUGUGAAAUCAUGUUUUUAAUUGUACUUGUUUGAAUUAAUUGUAAUGUAAUAUAUUCUUUGUUGAAUGUAGUAAUUAGGUAUUUAUGAAUAUAUUGCUGUAAUUUCAGACAAAAAAGAAAAUAAAA